AAAGAAGAUCUCGGAAUCAUUGACUGUUCAGCGAUGUCGAGAAAUGUUGGAGAAUAAGUACCGAAAACAAUUGUGCAAAAUUCAAAUGACACCGUGGAAUCAAAGUGAUUAUGCGAAUUUCGAAGAUAUGCACACGGUUGUCACAAUGGUAAAGAAGGACGGUCGUGGAAAAGACACGAAAAAGAAGGAAAUACUCCAGGGUUCUGUUGCUGAAAUAUUUUCAGCGAAAGUAAAUGGCGAACUACCAGCUCGAAUCCUCAUUUCGGCCCCGGCUGGACGAGGGAAGACCACGGCUGUCGCUAAGAUGGCUUACGACUGGGUUCACAGAGAAAGUGGUUCAGCAUUAGAAAACCUGCCACUUCUGUUUGUUGUGAAAUUCCGAAACACAACGCAGCUUACAACGAUCGGAGAAGCCAUCAAAUCCCAGCUUUUGAGUGAUGUUAAUGAUCUCACACCAGAGGGUCUGGAGAGUUUCAUUAGAGAGAAUCAGGGAAUCUGUCACAUCAUACUAGACGGACUAGAUGAGUAUGCCGGUAUUUCUUCUUCAAACCGGAGCUUAGGGAGCAACAUUGUCAGUGUCAUCCGCUGGGAGGAAUUUCCAGAGUGUAGAGUCCUUGUAACAACGCGCCCUCAUCUAGAGAACUUCUUCAAUCAAGCGGAACUUCCAAGAGUAUACACAAAGAUGUGGAUCGAAGGAUUCUCGCAAGAGAGCUCACGAGAGUACAUCGACAAGUUCUUUGCUUCGACUUCGAAUCCUUGUCCAGGACAUAGACAUGGUCUAAAGGUUUACCUUGAUGACCAACCACUGAUUAAUGAACUUGUUAAAACACCUUUAUUUUGUCUCAUGGUUUGUCACUUAUGGAGUGAGAGCCUACUGGACAGGCGUACUACAACUCAGACAAAAUUACUGGACAGCGUGAAUUUUUUUUUAACGCACCAUGCGAACGCCCGAUCAAAGUCAAAAGUAAAAAUCACAACCGAUGAGUUAAGGAAAAUAAUUGAUCAAGUAGGCCAAGUUGCACUAACUGGUCUGCUCGACGAUGCUAAAAAACUAGUCUUCAAGCCUCAUGAUUUCCGUAAAAUUCCUGCAAUCCUGGAUAGGGCAUGUGAGCUUGGGAUAGUAUCCAAGACGAAUGUUUUAAUAACCGGCCUUCCUCAGCCCAACGACACAACUUUCAAUACCGUUGAGUUUUAUCACAAACUCGCCCAGGAACACUCGGCUGGGAAAUACCUCGCUGCUAAAACAAAGAAAUAUAUGUUACGACUGAAGAUUUCUAAGUUGGACAGACUGCUGCAAAAAAUCAAAGCAAACAUAGGUGACUAUGAGAAUCUCAUCCGAUUCGCUGCUGGCACAGAUUACAGCCAUUGCAUACGGAUAAUGGAGGCGCUUCUUUCCAACCGCUUUUUGGAUGAGAGCGAGCGAUAUCGCAUUCUCCUUGACUGCUCAUCAGAGACCAGGGGUACUGAAGGAAAUGUGUCUUCGUUGGUUCAAAGAUGUGUAACUGCACAGAGUAUUGUUCUUAAGUCACCGACUGUCUACACCGUCGUUGGGAUGACAAAUCUUCCAACGCAACUAAAACGUAAGGUUAGGACAGUUCAUUUCGAGGGAGCUACUCUAAUUAACGACGUGACAAAUGGACUAUGGUCUUGUCUUGGAUCAUUUUCCAUGCUAAAUACCCUCACCAUCUCAGACUCCUCUAUCAGUUUCCCCCCAUCUCCUCCGGAGCUUCCAUCCUUCACACAUCUAUCAGCCGAAAGAAUGACGUCACAAUGCUACGAAGGAGUGCUGCCAUCGAUACCUGGAGUGAGAGAUAUCGAUGUCUCUAUCGAUGCUGCAGAGACGAGCAACACUUUUCAGAUCACCACCGCCUCCAGGCCAAAGAAUCAGACCAGGGCUAUGGAUGAACAGUUCUUUGUUCAUAUCAGACUACACGCCUUGACAUCACUCACCACAGACAGGAAAAUUGAAUCAGGAGAGACAAUUGGAGGGAUUAGUCUUCUAUUUGAAGACCAAACCAAUAAACCACAGCGGCUGAAUGUGUCCGGGGUGAGGGGCAGAGACGAAGAAGCCUUGGUGGACCUGUUUGUCAAGACUAAACAACUAACGUAUUUGAACUCGGGGAGUGGAGGUGGUACUCUAGAAAAAAAGAACAACGUCCAGAAUACUAGGCUUGAGAUAGAGCAAUGCCAGCUAUCUACUAAGAUGACCGAGAAGUUGUGGUCCUGUCUCAGAUCCUUCACCUCACUGAACUCUCUCACCAUCUCAGACUCCUCUCUCAGUUUCCCUCCAUCUCCUCCUGACCUUCCAUCCGUCACAAAGCUAUUAACCGUGAGCGUGACGUCACACAGCUAUGAAGGUCUGCUCUCAUCGCUUCCUGGCUUAAGACGUAUCGGUAUCACUAUCGAUGAUGCAGAGAGAGACAUACCUCAGAUCACGGCUUGUCUUCGUCGGACCGGAGGACAGCAGCUCACACACAUCAACCUUUAUGCACCAUCAUCACUCCCAUCAGAGAAGAAGAGUGUUUCGAGAGAGACGAUGAGAGGACUGGGUCUUCUAAUCAGAGAACAAACCAAGAACCUGCAGGUGCUUUGGCUGCAUGGAGUGAAGUGCACAUACGAGGAAGACUUGGUUUACCUCAUCGAGUGCUGCAGACAUGUGAAGACGAUGUCACAGCUGUGGUAGGUUCUUGUUUAAAUCUUGUAUAAAAUAGAUUAAAAUCCGCUACUAGACGAUCCUGUUUAGUUAGUCUGCCGUAGUUAAGCAUAACGAUACGAAUGCGUGAAGGGGUGCACAGGUUCAAACUUGGGCGUAACCUCCAAGUUAGGAUGGGUUUUGUUUUACUAUUGCUCUCAAUUGUUAUUUUAGAAUUUUCAUUGUGCAGUCGCAAUGAAUAUAUUGAAUUUGAAUAGACCCCUCUACCUGUAUUGAACAUCCACAAUUUUGAUAUACAGUUGCAUGUAUUAUUAUAAACCGUCGGAAGGUAAAAUAAUGUAUGUCCAUUUUGA